CGCAGGCCCGGCCGCCCCGCUGCGGCUCCGCCCCGGGCGCGUCACGGGAGCCGGGCCGGGGUCCGGGCUGGCGGCGGCGGCGGCUGGCGCGGGUCAGUUGGCGAACCAGAGAACUCUACUGAACAGUGCUGCUGAGGAGACUGUCUUCUCCCGGUCACCAUGUCCCCUGAGAUCGUUGCAGGGGAUUCUAGCGGUGCCCUGACAGACCCAGCUGAGCCUGGAGCAUGUUACACACUGGCCUGAAUCCCCAAGAAAGCUGCCAUGGCAGAGUGGGACCGAGAGGCCCCCGAGCGAUGCUGCUCCUACCACACAGUGCAGAGGAGGCUCCCUGUCCUCAGGUGGCUGCCCCAGUAUUCUCUGCAGUGGCUGCAGCUCGAUCUCAUCGCUGGCGUGACCGUGGGCCUGACUGUCGUGCCACAAGCGCUGGCCUAUGCCGAGGUGGCCGGCCUGCCAGUUCAGUACGGUCUUUAUUCCUCCUUCAUGGGCUGCUUUGUCUACUGCCUUCUGGGGACCUCAAAAGAUGUGACGCUGGGUCCAACGGCCAUUAUGUCGCUGAUGGUCUCUUCCUAUGCGUUCCAUGACCCUGCCUAUGCCAUUCUGCUGACCUUCCUGUCAGGCUGUAUCCAGCUAGCCAUGGGUCUCCUGAACCUCGGUUUCCUACUAGACUUUGUUUCCUGCCCCGUCAUUAAAGGGUUUACCUCGGCCGCUUCAGUCACCAUUAGCUUCAACCAGGUCAAGAACAUCCUGGGGCUGCACAACAUUCCACGACAGUUUUUCCUGCAGGUGUAUCACACCUUCCAAAGAAUCGGGGAGACCAGGGCUGGGGAUGCUCUCUUGGGGCUGGUCUGCCUGGCAGUGCUUAUGGGGCUCAGGGCAAUGAAAGGCCACAUCCCCAGGAUCCGUCGGGUGGAGCUGUUGUCCGUCAGGAUCAGUCGUCUUAUCAUCUGGGCCACAGCAACAGCUCGCAAUGCACUUGUGGUCCUGUUUGCUGGCCUGGUCGCCUACUCCUUCCAGGGGAUGGGCUCCCAGCCGUUCACCCUCACUGGGGCGACACCCCAGGGGCUCCCUCCCUUCCAGCUGCCGCCUUUCUCCAAGGCCGAAGCCAACAGCACCGUGCCCUUCAGCGAGAUGGUGCAGGACCUGGGAGCUGGACUGGCUGUGGUGCCGCUCAUGGGUCUGAUGGAGACCGUCGCUAUUGCCAAGGCCUUCGCGUCGCAGAACAAUUACAGAAUCGACCCCAAUCAGGAGCUGCUGGCGAUGGGCCUCACCAACCUCCUGGGCUCCUUCGUCUCCUCCUACCCCGUCACUGGCAGCUUUGGGCGGACAGCGGUGAAUGCACAGACGGGCGUGUGCACCCCAGCAGGGGGGCUGAUAACAGGGACCCUGGUCCUGCUCUCUCUGGCCUACCUGACCUCGUUCUUCUAUUACAUUCCCAAAGCGGCUCUGGCUGCUGUCAUCAUUUGUGCCGUGGCUCCUAUGUUUGACGCCAGGAUCUUCAGGACACUGUGGCGGGUUAAACGUACGGGCACCACGAGCAACCUGCUUUGCAUGCCUGCCUGGGGCUCCAUCUCAUCCCCGCAGAGGGCGAAUUCCUGCUCUUUUCAUGGGUUGGACCUUGUGCCGCUGUGUGUGACGUUUCUGCUCUGCUUCUGGGAGGUUCAGUAUGGCAUCAUGGCCGGCAUGCUGGUCUCCGGCGUUCUCCUGCUCUAUACCAUUGCCAGGCCCCGGAUCAAGCUAUCAGAGCAGGGGGUGCUUCUCAUGCAGCCUGCGAGUGGUCUGCAUUUUCCCGCUGUUGAGUCCCUCCGAGAUGCCAUGCACAGAUGGGCUCUGGCAGUGUCUCCACCACGCUGUGUCAUCCUGGACUGCACCCAUGUCAGCAGCAUGGAUUAUACUGUGGUGAUGGGAUUGGCAGACCUGCUGCAGGAGUUCCAGAAGAGGGGCGUCACCCUGACCUUCUUUGGCUUGCAGGGCCAUGUUCUCCAAGUCUUGCUGUCUGCAGAUCUGGAGGGAUUCCAACAUUUCCCCAGCCUGGAGGAGGCGGAGAAGGGCCAUGGAGCAGAACUGGAUGACAGGAGCCGAGUCCUGCUUCACAGCACCAGCGAGAACAUGCUGCCAGCGUCAGGGCUCAUCCAGUGAGGAUUGGCAACCUCUGCCCUUUUGCCCUCCUUGCCUCAGACUGGCAUCUCCUGGAUGCUCUGGAGAAUGGACAUGUGCCACCACCUCUCCCCUGCCCUGUGUAGUUCCUAGUGCACUUUAAGGCAAUACAGCUGUGGAGAGGGGGACACUCUCACUGGUGAUGCUAUCUGGUGAGGGGAUGAAAAGCCCACUGGGCUUGUUUCUCCAUUGCUGUGUCCCAGGGAGCACUGAGCCAUCUGACGUUGUAGGAGCAGGUUGUUAGCUGGUGGUGGGAAGCUUAGUGUUUCCUGGGGAUAGCACUGCCCCCCCCAGGGGAAGGGGACAUUGCCUUUUAGGGCCCCUUGUGGCCUCCAUGGUUUAGGUUUCCACUGAAUCGCCCUGGCUUUUGGGGAAGGUGGUGGUGGCAGCGGGAUGGGGUGGAGGGCAUUUGAAUAUCAGGGGACAAUUGGAGCAGGGAUUGGCAGUGGAGAAUCCAGCCAAGCCCCCGAUGGUCUAUGCAGGCUGCACGGGGAAUAUGGGCAUUACGGAUGCUGGGUCAGAUUGAGACCUGGCAUGAGCGGAUGCAGCCAUGCUGUGGCCCAAUGCCUGUCGAGUCUGGCUGGGCUCUCUGGCCAGAGCUGAUCUAGGGGGCUUAGUGAGGGCUCUAGAACUUGAGUGACAUUAUGGACAAGGAAAUCAAGAAAGGGAAUUAUGGGGGUGACAUGGUCUGCAAAGGAGUGGAGGAAGCCCAGCAGCGUCUGGGUGGGAGAACUGGGCUUUGUAGGAGGUGCUUUGGGGCACCAGGAUGCAGAUUCCUCAGUUUACAGGUAGCUUUUAGCUAUCACCAGCAAUAGGAAACAAGCUGCCCACUCCAUGCACUGCACCCUCUGCAGUGCUCAUCAUCCCACCUGCCUGAUAUCCCACACACCAUCCCGGUUCCAGACACAACUCCGCACAUUCCUGAGUCUGCAGGCAUUGCACGCUGGAUCAGCCCCAAGGUCCGUCCCGACGAGUAUCCCAUCUCCAGCAGUGGCCAGUACCAGACGCUUCAGAGGAAGGUGUGGGAUAAUCUGCCCCCCUUGGGAAAUCUCCUGACUCCCGAUGGAGGUUGGCUGGUGGAGGUUCUCUUCCCAAACUCUGCUUUUAGUAUUUAUUGUUACAACCCUGCAUCUUGUUGUUGUUCAUAUCAAUGUCCAACACCCCUUUGAAUUAUAGCCUUUCUCUGUUAACGCAGCAUUUCAAGGAUACAGUAGCUGUCCUCCGUGACCAAGGACAUGUCUCUCAGCUCUAGGAAUCAGGGUGAUACCUGUUCAGGCCACUGGGAGGAGAGUUUUGAGAAUUUCAUUUGUAACCUAGACCUCUUGGUUUAGGAUUUUUCUAUAAAGCUGCCGCAUUCAGCCCACCAGCGUUGGGGCUGAGCUGGUAUGCUGCCCUAGCAUGGCUUUGAAGCUGCUAUCCAAGGCUUCAGAAUCUAAUUUCCUUUGAAAAGUAAGUCUCUAGCUGCUGCAGUUGGGGGAAAACCUCACCAAUGUGAGAUUAGUGUAACUGAAUCUGCAAAGAGCCUUCCUGGAACACUAGCUCUGAGGGGUGAACUGCUCUGCUCAGCUGGGAGCGGCUGUUAACUCGGGUGUCAGGUGAGGAUAAUUUAAAUGUCACCAUUGUUAACUAUUCCAGUCCCCGUGUAAGGAAGGAGGUGGAGGGGCAAAGCUCUGCACAAUGCACUGGGGGUGAAUUGUGGUGCAUUGGGGAGAGUCUGUCACUUAUUGUUCUUCCCCAAUCCAGAAUGAGCUGAGCCCAGCAGAGCCUCUCGGCACCUACAAGCCGGAGGAGCCCAGCUGAAAUGUUAAGUGUUUGCACAAUCUGCUGUGCAUGCUGUCUUCUUCUGGCCACUCAUGUGGGAGCAGCUUAUUUUUUGGG